AUGUGGAUUGGUCAAGGCUGGAAUUUGUUCCUAAGGAGACACCUAAAUGACUGGGAAAUAGAGAAGAGUGACAUUCAUGGUAAAUUCUCAGUCAAUUCAGCAUAUUGGGCACUCAAGACUGCAGACCAAGAGACGGACUGGCCAUGGAGGAUGAUCGGGAAACCAAAGGUGCCCUACAAAGUGAAUUGCUUUUUGUGGUUGCUGUCAAAAGAAGCAGUUCUGACCCAUGAAAAUCUGAAGAAAAGAGGAUAUCGAUUUGCCUCUAGAUGUACUCUGUGUGGAGAGCAAGCAGAGACGAUCAAUCAUCUUUUUUACACUAUGUCCAAUGUCAAGUGUCUAAUUGGUGUUGCCAUCAAACAACAGUGGCCUCUCUUUCAGCUUGAUGUCAACAAUGCUUUCUUACAUGGUGAAUUGGAUGAGGAAGUCUUUAUGAAACUUCCUCCUAUUCUUGGUUCCUUCUUCCCCCUUCUUUUUCUGAUCCUUCAGUUUGUUAUUACAAAAGAGUCUAUAUGGUCUGAGACAAGCUUCCAGACAGUGGGUGAGCUUUCACUGCCGUUGAAGAAAUCAAAAGUGGUGGAGCAGCAGAAAGCCAUGGUUGUGAAAGCAUCUGAAAAGAAGUAA